UUUUGGCUCAGCAAAUGGCAAGUGAAAGUUAUGCAUGGUGGCAAUUAUUCUACUGAAAAAUGAUCAUAAAAACAGGAAAACAGAAGCCACUAGUUUCUGUCUCUCAAGCAUGAAGGUGUUUGUUUGAAUCAUUUUAAUGCUCAUUGUCGCGCGACUGACCACGUGAAACCGAGGCAAAAGCUAUUUAUGAGUCGCCAUUUUCUGCUCCCUUGGUGCCACGAAAACUCGAUUCCACAGGAUUGCGAUUCGAUUCGCUCUAUUUUACAACUACUGUACAAUGGCUACCUCAAGUCAGAAUUCAGCUGCUCCACCAGAUUUUUCAGAGCCAUGGAAGUGUAGCGAUGUUGUUCUGGUCGUCGAAGAUCACAAGUUUCAUGUCCAUCGUUACACCCUUGCAAUGUGGUCGCCUGUCUUCGAGAAAAUGUUUACCUCUGAGUUUAAAGAAAAGAAGUCGCGUGAAAUUCCUCUUCCAGGCAAAAAGGCAAGUGAGAUCAAGGAGCUUCUAUUGAUCAUUUAUCCAACGAAAUCUGGGAAAGCGUGGAAGACUGUAACGAAUGAAAAUUGCUACUUCCUAGUCAAGCUCGCUGAUGAGUAUCAGAUGGAAGAGAUUUUCAAGAGGUGCGAAGAUGUUUUGGUCGAUUUGGUAUCUUCUAAGCCAGGUAUUACCUUCCUUGCUGAUCUGACGUUUGCACAGACGUACAAGUUAGAAAAACUGCUUCAAACAAUCGUCAACAGAGCUCGUGAGCUGCGGCUGCAAGAUUUUAAAAGUCACGAGAUGUAUGAUAAAAUGGAUCCGCAUAUUUACAAACAGAUUAUGGAGGGCAUUGUACAAAGGCUUGAGGAGAAUUUUAACAGGCACUACCCCUAUUAUAGAUAAGGGCUCUAGCGCCCAUUAACUGGAUGCACAGACUUAUAAUCAUUUGAGGUGACACAGGCGAUGAGGAGUGUAUGCACUUUGAAUAAGAACCUCUUGUAGCCAAAUUUAAAAAUACUUUUGCAUAGAGUGUGAGAUUCGUUUGAUUUGAGGAGAUGAGCAUUAUAUCUCUUUGUUGUCGGUUGAAUGAGUAUCUCGUUGAUUCGACGAUGUACACAAUAACUAACUAAAUAAAAACCAUUGGCCAGAGGUCUAGAAUAACUAGUUUAUAGUCUGAUCGUAGUUAUGUUGUUCUCACAUUCAAACAUGAACUCCCAAAAGUUUUUCUUGGAAGCUAGAAAUAGCAUCAAUUCGCUUUCCAAGAAACUCCUAUUUUUACCUCCGGUUAUUUUCUACGAACUCACUGCUGUUCCCGGAAAAUGCGAAUGUUGUCGAUCGUCUCACUGUGUGCAAUUUUUCCGCUUUAACGUUCUCAGCGGCAUCAGAGUACGUCAAAAACAAAUGGCAAACAAAUUUGACGAUACAUUGCAUCAUAAGAUUAACUUUUAGCCCUUUCUCGAAUGUAAAUUUGACUAGCGUGAAGUCAACACGAGCAUAGUAAGACUUAAAAAUUGUUGACACUGACUAAAAACUUUUUGUGUGAACGUUUCGGUUAAUUAUACUGUAAUCUUGUUCAGCAUAAAUGGCGAACGAAUGUAAAU